UAGAGUAGUAGUAUAAAACAAACAAAAAGGGGAAGAAACGGAUAACACAAAACCUCUCUCGUCUUCCCAAAUCAUCCACACACAACAAUGGCUCUCUCUUCUGGAAUCUUGUCUACGACCUUUCUCAGCAUCGAUACGGCGCCGUUCCGCAGCUCUCUGUUGUCCCCCGCUUCGCUCCGUUUGUCCCCUCGUCAUCCGGCUAACCUGCGCAUGGUUCGAGCUGUCACCUCGGCGACGGCGGCGUCUUCCGAGCCGGCAACCACCAAGACCCGAGAGCCACGUGGCAUUAUGAAGCCUCGCCCGGUGUCCCCUGAGAUGCAGGAUAUUGUCGGCGUUCCCGAAAUCCCUCGCACUCAAGCUCUCAAACGCAUUUGGGCUUACAUCAAGGAACACGACCUUCAAGACCCGCAAAACAAGAGGGAUAUACUCUGCGACGAGAAGCUGAAGAAGAUAUUUCAAGGCAAAGAACGUGUUGGGUUCUUGGAGAUUGCAAAGCUCAUUGGUCCUCACUUUCUCUGAAUGAGAAUUCGGCUUGGAGAAGACAACCAUUAGCCUAUGUUUUGCUGAGCUAUUAAAAGACCAUGAAAGAUCAGAUUGUUACAUAUUAGUAUAAUUAGGGUUUAAGAAGUUUCAUGAAACCAAAUAGUUAUAUGAAGCCUUUGGAGGAUAUCUUUUUGUCGGUCAUGUGCUCAUUUUGCUUCCCAUUGCAGUUUAAAAUAUUCCCUCUCUUUUUUCUGUUGUAGGACAUGAAAGCUAUCUUAAUGCAUCGGUUCUUCAUAUUAUC